AGUGCUGUUGUGUGAUAAUUGCAGCGUCGUCAUUGACUCGUUGCCGUGUCUUGAUUUCAGGCCAUAGAUAGAGCUCCUGCGUGUUCUGUUCGACCUCUUUCUAUAUGUAUCCUCUUCUUCUUCCUUCUCCGAAGAGCAGAGCAGAGCAGAGCGGCACACAUACGUGCAUCCAUCCAUUCUCAGCCAUACUUCCUCUCUUCCACAACCAAUUCUCUUCUCCAUGCCUCCCCUCUACACAUUUCUCGGGCUGCUGCUCCUCUCUUCCCUGCACCACACUCCUUCAUGUUCCGCUGCAACUCCAAAUUACACUCUCACGGCAGGCCAGGCGCUCGCCGUCCGCGACAAGCUCGUCUCGAGGAACGGCAAGUUCGCGCUCGGCUUCUUCCAGCCAACAGCAAUCAUCAGUAAGUCCGACAACACCACCAUCACCUCCCCCAACUGGUACCUCGGCAUAUGGUUCAACAAGAUUCCGGUUUUUACCACUGUAUGGGUUGCUAAUAGGGAGAACCCAAUCACUGACCCCAUGGUCAAGUUCACACAGCUCAAACUCUCAAACGAUGGCAACCUUGUCAUCGCAAACCAUGCCGGUGCCGGAUCCGUAAUCUGGUCCACUAGCAUUGUCAGUAGGACAGGAACUACUAUGAACAACACUAGUGCCGUUCUAUUGGACAGUGGAAACCUUGCCCUCGUAGAAAGCCCAUCAUCUAAUGUGACAUUGUGGCAGAGCUUUGACUACCCAAUAGAUGUCGUGCUUCCUGGUGCCAAGUUUGGCAGGAACAAGAUCACCGGUUUCAACAGUCUGGGCAUCACAAAAAAGAGCCUGAUUGAUCCAGGUCUCGGCUCUUAUAGCAUUGAGUUAGACGCCAGCGGUGUCGUCCUCAAGCGCCGCAACCCCUCGGUAGUGUAUUGGCAUUGGUUAUCUGGAGAAUCGCAAUUGAAACUCAUACCGAUACUCAAGUCGAUACUAGAAUUGAAUCCAAAAACCAAAGGUUUGGUUGACCCCACAUUUGUUGAUAACAGUGAAGAGGAGUACUACAUGUACACUUCACCGAAUGAAUCAGCUUCCACAUUCGUUUCGCUAGACAUCUCUGGUCAGAUCAAGCUGAACGUUUGGUCGCGAGCCAAUCGGUCUUGGCAAAGCAUAUUUGCCCAGCCUGCUGAUCCCUGCACUCCGUUUGCUAGCUGUGGACCUUUCACGGUCUGCAACGGCAUUGCAAACCCAUUCUGUGACUGUAUGGAGAACUUCUCUCAGAAGUCACCUCGGGAUUGGGAGCUCGAUGAUCGAACAGGAGGCUGCAUCAGAAAUACUCCGUUGGAUUGCACUAGUAAGAAAAACAUGACAAGUUCAACAGACAUUUUCCACCCCAUAGUUCAUGUUACAUUGCCCUAUAGCCCCCAAAGCAUAGACGAUGCUACAACACAAAGCAAGUGCGAAGAAGCUUGUCUCAAUGACUGCUCAUGCAAUGCUUAUUCCUAUAACAGUAGCAGAUGCUCUGUCUGGCAUGGGGAACUGCUUAGUGUAAAUCGGAAUGAUGACAUCGAUAAUAAUUCUGAGGAUGUUCUUUACCUUCGCCUUGCUGCCAAAGAUUUGCCAAGUUUGAGGAAGAGCAAAAGAAAACCAACCGUUGGAGUUGUUGCUACUGCUGCAAUCAUUAUUAGUUCUAUGUUACUAAUGCUUGUGCUGUUAUUCAUGAUUUGGAGGAACAAAUUCAAGUGGUGUGGUGCGUCAUUAUACGACAAUCAAGAUAAUGGUGGAAUUAUAGCCUUUAGAUACUCUGAUUUAGUUCAUGCUACGAAAAACUUCUCAGAAAAGCUGGGAGCAGGUGGUUUUGGUGCUGUAUUCAAGGGAGUGUUAAGUGACUCGACUACUAUAGCAGUGAAAAGGCUUGAUGGUGCCCGUCAGGGAGAGAAGCAAUUCAGGGCUGAGGUGAGCUCAAUUGGGUUGAUCCAACAUAUCAACCUAGUCAAAUUGAUUGGCUUCUGCUGCCAAGGUGAUAAGAGGUUACUUGUGUAUGAACACAUGCCAAAUGGGUCUCUUGAUGCCCAUCUAUUUCAGAGCAAUGCUGUUAUGCUAAAUUGGAACACCAGGUAUCAAAUAGCCCUAGGAGUUGCUAGAGGACUGUCCUACUUGCAUCAGAGUUGCCACAAAUGCAUUAUACACUGUGAUAUUAAGCCACAAAACAUACUUCUCGAUGCAUCAUUCAUUCCUAAAAUUGCAGAUUUUGGGAUGGCAGCAUUUGUAGGAAGGGAUUUUAGCCGAGUUCUGACUACAUUCAGAGGAACUGCAGGGUAUCUUGCCCCAGAGUGGCUUAGCGGAGUUGCUAUUACACCAAAAAUUGAUGUUUACAGCUUCGGUAUGGUACUGUUGGAAAUGAUAUCAAGAAAGAGAAAUUCACCUGAAGUAUACACUAGCAGCAGCGAUCAUGUUGAAUUUUUCCCUGUGCGAGCCAUUAGAAAGCUUCAUGAGGGAAACGUACAGAGUUUGGUGGAUCCACAGUUACAGGGUGACUUCAAUUUGGAAGAGGCUGAAAGGGUUUGCAAAGUUGCAUGUUGGUGCAUCCAAGAUAAUGAGUUGGAUCGGCCGACCAUGGGUGAAGUGGUCCGGGUUCUUGAGGGUCUACAAGAGCUUGAUAUGCCCCCGGUGCCAAGACUACUUGCUGCUAUAACUGAACACUCUGAUGCAGCUUUAAUGUAAUAUUCAUAAAUACUUCGUAGUUGACGUUACUACUCUUUGUUUCAUCAAAUCUGAAAGCUCUAAUGUGGAACAGAAGGAAUAAAGGAAGGCAAGCUUGCAAUUUCUAAAUUGUAUCA